CAACCGACUUUGGCAAGAGCAAAUGAUUAAAAGGGGGAAACAGAAAAACGUUGGGGCUUUCGGUUUUAUUAUGUUUAAGCUGUAAUUUUGGCCUUCUUUCCGGCCCAUUUCUCUGUCUCGCACUCUUUCUCUCAGCUUCUUUUGUCGGUACUUUAUUCACAUUGAGCCACCACCAGUCCACCACCACUCACUCACUACACUCUCCCAAGUCCCAUCCCAUCCCUCACCCUUCAGUCCUUCACUCUUAACUCUCGCUCACUCUUCCGCAAUUACUCUGCUUGCUUCAUCCUCUCCCAUUUCCCCACGAGCCACUUACAUUUCGCCGCAGCCGACGGAGGAAGAACCAGAGGCCACCCCACCUAAGAACAAUGAAUUACAUUUCCAGUCUCACCCUCAGCUUCCUCCUCCUGCUUCUCACUCCUCAAGGCGCACUUGGGGCCACAUUCACGUUCUCGAACAGAUGCGAUUACACGAUUUGGCCGGGGAUUCUGGCCAAUGCCGGCAGUCCGAAGCUCGAAAGCACCGGAUUCGAGCUCGCGGAAGGCUCAACCCGCUCCUUCCAAGCUCCCACGGGUUGGUCGGGGCGGUUCUGGGCACGAACCGGCUGCACAUUCGACGACUCUGGCUCCGGGUCCUGCCGCACCGGCGACUGCGGGUCGGGUCUCGUCGAGUGCAACGGUCUCGGUGCCGCCCCACCGGCCACACUAGCCGAGUUCACCCUUGGAACCGGGGGGCAGGACUUUUACGACGUCAGCCUCGUCGACGGCUACAACCUCCCGAUGGUGGUUGAAGGCAGCGGCGGGUCGGGUUCGUGCACUACCACCGGUUGCAUCACGGAUCUGAACCAACAGUGCCCCGCGGAGCUCAAAGCCGUUGAAGGCAGCGCGUGCAGGAGCGCGUGCGAGGCGUUCGGCAGCCCGGAGUACUGCUGCAGCGGCGCGUUCAACACCCCCGCCACGUGCCGGCCGUCGGUCUACUCCGAGAUGUUCAAGGCCGCUUGCCCCAGGUCUUAUAGCUAUGCCUACGACGACGCCAGCAGCACCUUCACUUGCACCGGAGCUGAUUAUACGGUCACGUUCUGCCCAGCGUCACCAAGGUCAGAAGUCGGCAUCCUACUCUUCAACGACACCAGUGAAUGACGGCCAAACGACGGGACAAGAAGCAGGGACAGGAACCGAGGUUUCAGGGUCGGACGGAGGAGGAUCCGGGGUGGAGUAUUCGGGUACCGGGUCGGACAUAGGUUCGGGCAUCGGAGCAGGGUCAGGUGGAGUUGGAGGUGGAGGAGGAACCGGGCAAGGAGGGCAAGCCAUGUUGGCAGAUGGGUCGUGGCUAGCUGGUUUAGCCAUGGGAGGAUCACACAGAACGGCAGCUUCUUCCUCAUUCUGUGGAGCUUCAAUGGCGGUGGUGGUUUCUUCUUUGCUGUUGGUGGUUUCUCCCUUUGUUAAGUACUUGUAGUUGUGUUUUGGAGAAAAGAAAGGGACUUUGGUGAUGGGUUUUGUUUGUUUAAUGGUGGGUGGGGAUUCAUUUCUUUUGUCUAGGGUUUUUGCAAGCAGCCUUUGGUUUUGGGGGAGAGGGGAGGGAGGUAGUAGUGGAGGAUUUUUGCCCCUUUGUUAGGUAAAGCUGACAGAUUCCUUCAUUCUCUCCCCAAUAGCACGGCGCACCCACUCCCAAGUUUCUCUCUCUCUUUUUCUUUCUGCAGAUUUCAACGUUUUAGGAGUUUGUAAGCCUGUAACAUAUCUCAAGAACAAUAAGUGGUGGGUUGUUUUUAGUGUGCAGUUGAUAGGGAUUAGUGCAUUGUAUUAGCAAUUGUCAUGUCGUUCAAACCCGUCGUAAUCAUCUUGGUCUAGCUAUAUCAAUGUUAUAACGACAACUCUGAUCGAUUCGAUUUUGGAUGUCU